AUGUCGCAGUCCGACAAAGCCCCAGCACUUUUCGAAUGUGGUCCAGAUCUACAAGACCGAAGCAUAUGUGCGAUAGAUCCUGACGAUCCUGAAAAAUGUUACGCUGAACCUCGCGUGGUCAUCAUAGGGGCUGGUAUGGCAGGCCUUUCAGCGGCCGCGAGACUCGCCCAACGCGGUAUCACCAAUCUCGUUGUUUUAGAAGCGUAUGAACGACCUGGAGGCCGUAUACACUCCUGUUGGAUAGGUGAUGUGGUAGCUGAGCUCGGUGCUGAUUUACAAGACUCUACUUAUUGUUCUCCGCACCCAAUUUAUACCAUGUCUGCUAAAGAAAUGCCUCCACGUCCUGGCUUACCAGCGGUAGAGCAUUCGAGAGGACUAUUCGAGAGAGUGGUAAAUGGAAAAAUGUCAUUCCCUUCGACAAUUUCAGCUUAUUAUAAAUUUCGUCAAAUCGAGAAUGAAGCUUCUAAAAUAUUUUGCCUAGGUGGAAAUAAACAACAUGGAUCGUUAAUAAAUUUCAUGAGUUUAAGGAUACAACAAGAACUGCACGAAUAUCCGGAAGAUCAACAACACGAUGCAGCGCGAAUUAUGUUCGGUCUAGCGCACAUGCUCAGUGCACGAUGUGGAUACGACACCGCCAUGUUGUACGGUGAUCAUACAGGUUGUUACAUGAAUAUGCCCGGCGGAGACGUACGUGUCCCACUCGGAGUAGCUGGCACACUUGCACCCAUAUUACGGCAGAUACCAGAAGGAACCAUUCGAUACUGUAAGCCUGUCAAUUGCGUUUAUUGGGGUACCUGUCAAAAAUCUGGAUACCGAGCCACAGUGUGCACAACCGAUGGUGAAGAGUUCCCAGCUGAUUAUGUUAUCAUUACAGUUUCGAUGGGAGUUUUAGCAGCGAAUGCUAAUAAAUUAUUUUGUCCAGCAUUACCAAGUUCAAAAACAGAUGCAAUCAGAUGCCUCGGAUAUGGUUAUGUAAAUAAAGUUUACAUGGAGUACUGCCAUCAAUUCUGGUUUUGGCACAAAGGUGAUAUCAACUUUAAAUACUCUACAAGCUCAUUAAUGAAUCGAACGGAUUGGACUCGUGGUAUAAGGUAUAUACGAGCUGUACCUAAUAGUAAACAUGUGGUUAGUGCAAUGGUUGUCGGCAAAGAGGCUUGGCUAAUGGAAGGUCUAUGUGAUAAAGAUAUAGCCGAAGGUCUCACAGAUGUCUUAAGAACAUCUACAGGCAAUGCAUAUAUCCCGUAUCCUGUAACUUUAUUACGAUCACAUUGGAUAUCCGAUCCAUACUUUCUAGGCGCUUACUCCUACGAUUGUAACUCCACUGAUGGUAACACCCAAAGAGCUUUGGCUUGUCCGUUACCAGGUUUAGCCGACUCAAUCCCUCCUAUUCUUCUUUUCGCUGGCGAGGCAACAGUUCCUGGCUAUUUUGCAACAAUAGAGGGCGCUAAAAUAAGUGGAGUAAGAGAAGCCGAACGAAUUAUACAACUGACUUUACGUUAUAAAGGUCCUCCAUUACCAGCUACGGAAACGAUGCAACCGAAAAAGAAAAUCGAAUGUGAAAAUUAAACGAUGAUAUUGUGAGAUAAUUCCCCGUUACUGUGAACUAUGACUAAGAUAACUAAUGGCGUUUGGUUUUAACAUAAGUUAUUAAUAGACUACCAAUGUAUGUAUAACAUCGAUUUUUUUUAAAUUUCGUUUUCUACAUACAACAUAACAGUAAAACGACCUUUCACGAUAUUUCUGAAGUAUGUUUCUAAACCUUCAUAGACCCUUGAUGUCGAUAGUUUACUCGCAACUAUUAUAACAUCGCGGAAAACUUAGGUACCUAAGCCACAGAAUACAUAUGUACAAGUACCUAAGCUAAAUUUAUGACCAUAUAGUUAGUUUAAUGAACUCAACUAGAUUUAUGAUCAUAUACUUAAUUCAAUGAAUUAACUAAACAUAACACCGUAAC